CGCGAGAUAGACGGCAGUUAAUCAAAGCUGGUUGGAGACGUCGCACAGUGUUGUGGUGAGGGUGAAAAAUGUUGAAAUUUCUCUUGGCCAUAGUUUUGCUGUGCAAGGCGCUACACGCUACACCAAACAUCGUGUGCUAUUAUGAUAGCCGUUCGGCCGGCUACAGCACGCCAACGUUCCCGAGCAGUAUCAGCGCAACAAAUUGCACCCAUUAUGUGUACGAUGGGGUUGGAGUGACGGCCCAGGGCGAUAUACGCAUAUUGAGCAGCUACGACACAGCAUCUGGGUUUACAGAUUUUCAGACCCUUCGAAAGAACGCCGACAUCAAGCUGUACGUGUUGUUGAGCUCGGAGCGGGAUGCCAGCAAAAACUUGACCAAUGCCAUAGCGACACGAUGCGAGAAGCUGGUGAACGGCGUUGCUGUCUUUUUGGAGCAGUACGGCUUCGAUGGCGUGGAGGUGGACCGACGUGGUAACGAUUUCGACAAGGGCCUCCUAGCGAAAUUCGUCAACCGACUUCGAUCCAGGCUGUACAUGGUUAACAAGCAACUAUCCGUGGCCGUAUCGGCACAGUUCAGUGAUGCGUACGAUAUCACUUCGCUAAGCAUGUACGCAGAUAUGAUAAACUUUCACGCUUACAACUUCACGAGUACCAGUGCCACCGCCAACCUUGCACCGCUAUACACGAGCAGCCCCAACAACGUUGUUAGUGUGAACUCAACGGUAACAGCCUGGCUGGCGGCUGGAGCUCGCAAAAACAAGAUAAACCUCGUGCUGGCCUCCUUCGGCAGGACAUAUGCUCUGGCAAGCGAAGAUCAGCGAGGCGUUGGAUCUCGAACCACGGGCCCCGGUGCGGCCGGAUCCAAUACGAAGCGUGCCGGUUUACUCGCGCGGUACGAGUUUUGCUCGUUGCUCAGUUCAGGGUACAGUUCGGAGAGCGAUAGUGACACGGUUACUUCGUACUACUUCAAAGGCAAAAAUUGGGUUAGCAUCGAAACGGAGGAUACGGUAGUGCAGAAGCUCACGUUUGUGCUCGAUAAUAGGCUGGCGGGUGUCGGCAUCAAUACGAUUGAUCUGGAUGACGCCACCAAUUCGUGCGGGAACGGUGCCUAUCGAAUCUCGGAGCUCGCUCGUGGAUAUUUCUCGGAAGGUUAGCUGCCAACAUUGUAGAAACUUUGCUAAUUUUCCGGAAAAUGUGGUUUGCUAAAGGAUUGCUUAAACUAGAAGCUAAAAUCAAACCGUUCGAACAUUCCUUUGAGCGUUGUUUGACGUUGACCACUUCACAUCGACGAUACGCGGGUUAUUCGUUUCAAGCAUAUCAAACAUAUACGCACGGUAAAUACGGUUGUAACCUGUAAAACCCUUCAAACAAACCUCACAUCUAGAGAAAAAUCAGACACGGCGUAUGUACAAUAUUUACAGAGAGGAGAGCUUUCAAGUUGAAUUAUUUACAUAAAAAACUAUGUAUAUAUGUGUAAUGCUGUUUAUGUACAAGUGCUGUUUUGUGAUGUAUAGUUGUUUUUUUUUUACUAUUUUAAGACCGGUGGUAGCGGUUGAAGCAAUAGAUAGACUUACAUUUUCCUUUUCAGGUCCUUCGGGAAUCUAAAAGAAAAAAAAACAAAUGGGGUUUUAAAGGAAUUUUCUUAUUAUGCGUUGUCCAUGUUUGUAAUGGUUAUUUCGUGUUCGUUUGUUAGUUUUUGCUUCAAUUAAAAUAUAUU